AUGGCCCCUCGAGACCAAGCUCAAGUGCAUGUACCGCUACGAACAUCGAGUCGUAAUCUACGGUCCGACGCAAUGAACCAAGAAGAUGCGACCUUCGUGGAUCGCAGGACCUCCAAAGCGCAGCGCAUUCUGGGUACCGAUUUGCCCAUCCACAACCAGGCUCAGAUGGAGUCACAGAAGCACUCAAAAUCCCGCCGGUCAAGCCUUCGAACGCCUGAUAAUAAUAGCACCAGACAAAGUACGGGAUUUGUUCCAUUCCCUAAUGCGAUCCAAAGCGACAGGAUGAUCCCGCCUCAGAAUCUCCGUGUCAGGGCUUCAUCGCCUCUACUGGGCCAUGAAUAUCUCUCUCACGAUCCUACUCCGCCUCUUCCUAAACCUUCAAAGAGAAUUCAUCAAUCGGGAUCCUCUUCUACGCUAUUCUCCUAUUUUACCUCCAAGGAAUCGAAAUCGAACUCCCCACAAGGACUACAACCCAGAGUUAGCAACAAGCUCGGCAUCGAUCCCCAUGUGACAUUCAAGCAAUCGCAGAGUCCCCCAAAAGAAUCGAAGCGAAAGAUGCGUCCGCCUCGCAUUGAUUUGUCUAUUCUCUUUCCUAAGCCUAGAAAUCAGGCACCGCCCCUUUUAUCCCCUCAGCGCAUGACGAGCUCGCCUUCCCCAGUUUCUACAGUGGUGUCAGAUUAUCCCACCCAGACUCGAGACAGAACGAGCAAAAGUAGCAAGACUAGCACAUCAACUGCGCGAAGAUUUGGCGAUCCUCUCCCGGUGCGGACAUCUAUGGUUCACAGCGAAGCUCCAAAGCCGCACAUGGAUCGAUCAGAUCUGCUGUCUAUUCCGGAAUCGAAAGAUAGCGACUUCCUUGAUCGUCCGUUCGAACGUACCGUUGGGACAAGUGAGAUCGACCUCGCUUUGGAUAGAUAUGCUGCAAGACGUUCAGUUCUUAGUCACUCCAGUACUAUGUACACUGCAAGUCGUGAACAAUUGCAGACAGAUCAACGACGGCCCUCGGAGACCAGCAGCAACACGCGGCGAGGUCAGAGUCCCGCUGAUCCGCAGCGACAGAGCAGAGAUGUGUAUUUGAGUCCCAAAUCCAAGUCUCAACCUGCUUCUCAAAUCACGAGUCCUCCAGAACAAACCUGGCGACAAAAGGACACUGGCAGGCGCAGCUCGCAGGGUACCAAGGGCUCUGUUACCAAGAAGAGCAGCAAGAGUACUCUGCAGAAUAAAGACUUGCAGAACACUAGCGUUCUUUGCCUCUCCUCAUCAGAUGAUGAGACCGAGGAUGAAAAAUCAACUCCGACGGAUACUCGUCUCCCGAACAGAAAGUUCCGUGAUAGCGUGGCCACAUACGACGAGUUUGAUGCUGAGAUCUAUACUGCAUCGACCGCCCAUGCUGCCACUGCGCAAAUGUUGAGAAAAGUAGAUCGAUCAUCAUCUAUCGGCAGUAGUAGCCGUGGAUCUCAAAAGAUUCCCCAGAGGCAGCUUAGCCGGCAGCACGUCUCUAAUCCUUCCAUGUCAUCAACGAGCAAGUCAUCUACAACGACUCGCCGGACUACUCAAUCCCGACGAUCAAGUGGAGUACCUAUCAUUAGCGAGCCAGACAUCUUGGAUCAAUUACCGCAACCACCUCGGCGCACUCCUCGAGAGCUGAAGGACUUGAAGGAAAUGAAUCGCCGAAGCCGAGUCAUUGCGGUAACUCGACAAGAACAGGAUCUGUUGGAGGCAAUGCGCCAGCGAAAGGGCAAGAUUACCCCCAGUAUCUUCAACUACAAUACGGCCACGGAGCCCGAUCGAAAUUCAGUGUUAUCAGUCCCUUCGCGGGAUUCAUUCUGCGGAUCUGAUACCUCUUUCUUGCGCCUUAGCGCUGCCUUCCCGCCGUUCCCUCAACGGUCUGAUCAAGGUGCCUUACACAAACACAAGAGCGGUUCUCCUUCGCAGAGUUCGAGUUCUGAUAGUGAACAGAAGACUGGCGGUAGUGGCUACUCAGAUUCCCUCCCAUCCCCUUCUACUAGCGGUGCCUCGCCGCUCACACCGACACUCCCCAUCCACCGCUUCUCGCCUCUCCCUUCUCCUAAGCCACCCCCACGUGGUCCUCCUCCUGCCAUUCCGGAGGAUCAGAAACAGCAUACCCGACGUCGUACCGACAGCAGCGAAGCUAUUAUGCUGAACGAUGAGCCACCGCGCAAACACGACCUUCCACUUUGGUCCUUUGACUUUGAUUGGAACCACGAUCGGACUAGCGUGGCUGCUGUGCAUUAA